AUGACGCGUGCUCGCAGUGGAUGUCCAUUUCUGCUUUUGUUGCGUAUUUUUCUGAAUUUGAUAGUAUCGGUAUCCAGUACUGGAAUACGUACGUUUGCAUCAAUUCGAUUCGAUCCUCCGUACGUCCACAAUCUCAUGGCUGGUACCAAUACAACUGUAAAGAUGGCCGUUGAUUUGGAUACGCGGCAUCACGAAUCUGUUGACGAGGAUAUCGCUUCAGCUUCGAAGAAGCGUAAACAGUUCAAAUUGGAUGAGUUUUCGGAGCAGAAUGGUAGCUUGCACACCUAUGAGAUGAAUUUUACUGUAAGUGGACAUUUUCUGGGAAAAACAGCAGUAAAAAUACGUUUACUGGGCGCAGAUGAGGUGCUAUCGGACGAAGACCGAUCUCUUCACGAAAUACCAAAAGAAGAAUUGGACUUCCAUCGUAGUAGUCUGCUGGACGUUUGGGUUAUCCAGGAUAGCAAACGACUUGUCAAUCGAUUGUUUCUGUCAUCGUUGGUUAUUCUGAUCGUCAUUGCGAAUGUAUUGAUGGGUUGCGAG